ACGCUCUUGCGGGAGUACGUUAAGCAAAAGAGCGAAGAUGGCCGAGGUAGAUUUUGGUGACAGUGAACUCUUUCAGCAAUUGGGAGAGAGUAUGCCUACUGCAACUCACAUUCGGUUCACGGAGGAUGGAGAAGAAGGCUCUGAGCUCAAGGGAAGAUUGGGGGAGUGUGAGGAAACAAUACGGAGUUUGAUAGAAGAGAACCAAGAGUUGAAGAGAAAAUUGAAAGUGUUGACAAGGCCAAGUGGCAUUAAUGUUGAAAACAUCAAGAUUGAUGGUCCUCUUCUACACAUCCUUUUUGCAAACAAUAACAUCUCAAAGCAAUGCCGUCAAGAAAUUGAAGACUGCCUCUGUAGUAUUGUUCAGAAACAGCAGCAGCAGGGAGAAGUUGAAAAAGGAAAUCCCUACGGAAAUGUCAACCCUCAGUCUUCAAGUUUCAUUAUGGAAGAAGAUCAGAAGACCAAGACCUCCUGUGGAAUCAAAAAGAUUAAGGAGGCCUUCAGUAUGGUGGGAAGUGUCCUGUAUUUCACCAGUUUCUGUCUGGACAAACUUGGACAGCCCCUGCUAAAUGAUAACCCCCAGCAGACAGAAGGAUGGGAGGUUCCAAAAUAUCAGCAGAUCUUCAGCCAGGUCAUUGCCUUAGAUGGACAAGAAGUACAGAUGAAAGAGAAAAGAGCUAAGCCUUGUUGUUUCAACUGUGGGUUGGAUGGUCAUCAACUUCGAGACUGUCCUCAGCCAAAGGACAUGGCCAGAAUCAACAAGAAGCGGAAGGAGUUUUGUCACGGUAACCAGGGAAACCUGAGCAAUCAGCGUUACCAUGCUGAUGAAGUGGAGGAGCGAUUUGCCAAAUACAAACCUGGAUUCAUAAGUGAGAAGCUGCUGUCUGCACUGGGAGUUGAUAUGAACGCACUACCACCUCACAUCUACCGCAUGAGGCAGCUAGGCUACCCACCUGGCUGGCUUAAGGAGGCAGAGAUGGAGAACUCCGGUCUCAUGCUUUAUGAUGGGAAGGUUUCAAGUGAUGAAGAACCAACAGAGGACAAUGGACCAAAAAUCUCCUAUGAUGUUUCCAAGCUUGUAGAUUUCCCAGGCUUCAAUAUAUCUUCACCCCCUAGUGUGAAGGAUGACUACAGGCUAUAUGGCUCUAUUCCAAUGCAGCAUAAUCACAUGAAGCAAAAUUUUGCUGCUUAUCUCUCCAACAAUUUUCCAAUGCCUGGUGCCAACUGCAAUAAAAGACCACAUGAAUCCUACUCAACUCCCCGGCAGACAAAGAAAAGGAGAUCUGAUGCCAGGAGUUCAGAUAUGGACUUUGAUUCAGACCAGGAUACUACACCCCGCCGCCACCGGAGCUCAGACAGCUUCCAGUUCCAGCCCCCGCUGCCUCCUGGCUCACCAUCCUUUGGUUCACCCCCUCCCUUACCUCAUGGUACUCCGCCAGCUACUCCCACACCACCUCCUCUUCCUAAGGGAACACCUCCCCCCACACCCACAAAUGGCUCAAGGGCCCUGCGGGGACGCACUGUGAGAGGGAGUGAGGAGUCUGCAGGCGGGGAGGAGGAAGAGCUGACACUGGAAGAGCUGGAGGAGCAGCAGAGGCUGAUCUGGGCAGCAUUGGAAAAUGCUGACACAGCCACCAACAGUGACUCUGAGACACCAGCUGUUGGAACACCCCUCCCCAGCUCGCCCAGCAUCUCCACACCUGCCCAUGUUGACACUGAAACUGAAAUGGAGAAUGGUGAGACUGAAGAUUAUGAGGAAAAGGAGGGAUCUAUGGAGGCUGCCAGCCACAACAGUGAUGAGCAGAUCAGUGUUGAGACAUCUAGCAAAUGUCAGGAUUAUGAGGAACAUGCUGAAGAUAAAGGCACGGUGGUUGAAAACAAAGGCAGCUUACUGCAAUCACCAGACGAAGAAGAGGGCCCUCAGAGCCCUGUAGCUGCCACAGAUAGAGGCAAUGUGCUUGCACAGAAGGUCAGAUUGCUGCAAACGCCAGUGCACCAAGUGAGUCAUCAGUCGGAUCCCUCAGGUCAAGAUGCUAUGGAGGGAGAUGUGUCUGACUCUUUGGGGAAUGUAAUGGCCGUGCCUCACCGGAGUAGGUUUGCACAGGGCAUUAUUCCCUUUGAGGACACGCCAGAAUUCACAGAAGUUGCUGAGGCCACCGGGACAUACCUUCGAAUCCGAGACUUGCUGAAAGGUUCCCCCCGAAAUAUGGCGAAAAUCAAAAAGUGAGAAAAGACUGGUUUGAAUUCCAAUCCAGGGAUUAUUUUGCAUAAACACUUAAAAAAAAAAAAAAAAAAAAAACAUUUAACAAGUCUGUGGAUUUCAUACACUUUCCUUUUUGUAAGUGUGCCACAGAAAUUGGAGCGAAACAGUUUGGUGACCUCAUUCAAACAUCCUUUUUAAUGUUUUAUUUUUUGUACUAAACUGAAUAUCUUUUCUGUGUAUGAGUUAGCUGGGGUCUAAAGAUGCAAGGUUUUUCUUUCAGGAAACCCCAUUGCUAGUUUAGGUAGUGUCUGUUUUGACAUUCACAUAAUCAUUUUUGUAGCAAUGACAACAUCCAUAUUGCUCUUUUUAGGUGUAAAGAUUUUAUAAAAUGUUUUUCCUCUUUCUGUUUUUACCAUCAAUUGAUAUUUUUACAAUUAGAUAAGUCUCAUUGCAGUCUAGGUGCGCCUCCUUUUCUCAUGGUUCAAGAAGCCUCCCAUUGGCUACUCUUAUCAAAUAAGGACAUUCAUUUUGAUGUUCUUUUAAAGUUAAUUUGAAACUCGUUGAUUUUUACAAUUCUAUCUUGACACAGGAAAUGGGUCUCUGCAUUCAGAAUCUCACUACAGCAAUAUGGCUGUGCAUAAUCUCAUGUUUAUUAUUUUUAUAUAUUUUUUUUAAUGUAUUUUUUUCUCCACAAUUUCGUGGUGUUCAAUUGGUAGUUACAGUCUUGUCUCAUCGCUGCAACUCCCGUAUGGACUCGGGAGAGGCGAAGGCCAAGAGCUGUGUGUCAUCCGAAGCACAACCCAGCCAAGCCGCACUGCUUCUUGACACAAUGCUCACUUAACCCUGAAACCAGCCGCACCAAUGUGUCGGAGGAAAUGCCGUACACCUGGCAACCGUGUCAGCAUACACUGCGCCCACCACAGGAAUCGCUAGUGUGGGAUGGGUCAAGGACAUCCCUGCUGGCCAAACCCUCGCUUAACGCAGACGACACUGGGCCAAUUGUGCGCUGCCCCAUGGGUCUCCCGGUCGAGGCCAGCUGCGACAGAGCCUGGACUCGAACCCAGAAUCUCUAGAUGUUGAUUUAUUUUUAAGUAACAACCAUUGCUGUCAGCAUCAAAGACAUCUCUGCUCUAAUUGCUACUACAGAAUGGCACUAGAUGGCAGCAACACUUAAUUUGACCACUACAAUACAUUUGACUAUUUGUAUUUACUAAGGAUCCCCAUAUUUCCUUGGGUCCAGCAACAUUAAGGAAGUUAUAUACAAUUUAAAAUAUUGCAUGACAUAACACUUUUCACAAUCCAUUAAGUGUGUGCCCUCAGGCCACUAGUCUAUCACAUAUCUACAAUACCAAAUCCAUGUGUACUUGUGUGUUUGUUUUUCACAGUCCCCACGGUUCCAUAAUGUGUAUUUUUAUAUAUUUUUUUUUAUCUGAUUCUACUGCUUGCAUCAGCUACCUGAUGUGGAAUGGAGUUCCAUGUAGCCAUGGCUCUAUGUAGUACUGUGCGCCUCCCAUAGUCUGUUCUUGACUUUGGGAUUGUGAAGAGACCUUUGGUGGCAUGUCUUGUGGGGUAUGCAUGGGUGUCUGUGCUGUGUGCUAGUAGUUUAAACAGACACCUUGGUGCAUUCAGCAUGUCAACACUUCUUACAAAAACAAGUAGUGAUGAAGUCUCCUCCACUUUGAGCCAUCACAGAUUUACAUGCAUAAUAUGAAUGUUCGCUCCCUCUGUACUCAAGGGCCAAUCGUGCUGCCCUGUUCUGAGCCAAUUGUAAUUUUCCAAGGUCCCUCUUUCUGGCACCUGGCCACACGAUUGAACAGUAGUCCAGGUGCGACAAAACCAGGGCCUGUAGUCCCUGCCUUGUUGAUAGUGUUGUUAAAAGGCAGAGCAGUGCUUUAUUAUGGACAGACGUCUCCCCAUCUUAGCUACUGUUGUAUCAACGUGUUUUGACCAUGACAGUUUACAAUCCGGGGUUACUCCAAGCAGUUUAGUCACCUCAACUUGCCCAAUUUCCACAUUAUUUAUUACAAGCUUUAGUUGAGGUUUAUGGUUUAGUGAAUGAUUUGUUGCAAAUACAAUGCUUUUAGUUUUUUAUAUUUAGGACUUACUUAUUCCUUGCCACCCAUUCUGAAACUAACUGCAGUGAUUUCACUCGCUAAAGUAGCUGACGUGUAUAGUGUUGAGUCAUCCGCAUACAUCAAUAAAUCAAAUGCAAAUUAA